AUGAGACUCGAGGAUGUUUGUGUGGGAUUCAAAGUUCCCGUCAGGAAGGCCGUAGAUGGAGGCGAGGAGGUAUUCAAAGCAGAGAUUCUGGGGAAAAGAGCCGGCAAGUCUGGACUGGAGUUCUAUGUACACUAUGUAGAACUGAACAGGCGGCUCGAUGAGUGGAUCGACGGAUCGAUGAUCGACUUAGGCGACCCUGCCCAGAUAGAAAUUCCAAAGAAGAAGAAGACAGAAAAGACAAAGAGUGAGAAGUCGGAAAGGGUCUCAGAGAAGGAGGGUGAGCAGAGGGACGAGGAGCCAAAGCUAGAAAGGCCGCCGCAGGACGAGGAGUUCAAAAUGAAGAAUGUUAAGAAGAUCAUGCUCCGCAACUAUCUUGUGGAUGCCUGGUACUUCUCACCAUACCCAAAGGCAGUAGCAGAGAGUGACAUUGUUUAUAUAUGCGAAUUCUGUUUGUACUACUUCAGUGCAGUGGACAGCCUGGUUUUACAUGCUAGGCAGUGCAAGCUCCGGCAUCCUCCCGGAAGGGAGAUAUAUCGGGACGGAGUCCUAAGCUUCUUUGAGUGUGACGGGCAUAUCCAGAAGAACUACUGCAGAAACCUGUCGCUACUAUCAAAGCUAUUUCUGGACCAUAAGUCACUCUACUACGACAUAGACGUGUUUAUGUUUUAUGUGCUUUGCAGGCUGGAGGACAACGGGUACCAGAUAGUGGGAUACUUCUCGAAGGAGAAGAUGUCUGAGCAAGGAUACAACCUUGCAUGCAUCCUGACUCUCCCCUUUGAGCAAAGGAAGGGGUAUGGAAAGAUUCUCAUAGACUUCUCCUACCUGCUCAGCAGAAGAGAAAACGUGGUCUCCGGGCCGGAAAAGCCUCUGAGCGAUCUUGGGCUUCUCAGCUAUAGAGCAUACUGGAUGGAGGUGAUUGUGGAAUAUCUUUCAAAGCACGACAAGGCAAGCAUUAGCGAGAUUUCCCGGGAAACCUACAUAUCCGAGGACGAUGUGAUAGGGACUCUGUGUGCAUACAAGAUGCUGAGGAUGGAGGGAAACGAGUUUAUUUUCACAUACGCCGAGGACCAGCUGCACAAGGCCCUGAGAUCCAGGAGCAGGAGUGUAAAUGCCGCCCUGCUUAAGCUAGGCUGA